AUGAAUGGUGAAAAUCAAAAUCAAAACAAUAUAAAAAAUGAUAUCAUAAAAGAAAUUAAUUUAGAAAAUAUUGAAAAAUUAGGAUUUCAUGAAUUAUAUCAUAUUGCACAAUCAUGUAGAAUUUUUUCACCAGCUUUAAAAAAAUCUGAAAUAAUUUCACAAAUUAGACAACAAUAUUAUAUGGAAAUGGGGAAAAAAGAAAUUAGUAAUAUUGAUAAUAGUGGUAAAUUAUUAAACCAAGAAAUUAAAAAUAGUUUAAAUAAUAAUCAUAAAAAUUUACCUUUAAUCGGUUCAAAUAAUUUAAUGGUUAAAGAUAAUAUCGAAAAUUUCGAAUUACUCUUUUGGAGAGUAAUUAAAAAUAAAUAUCUUUUUAGAUGGAUUUUAUCUUUUUUAGAUACUUUAUCAAAUACAUUUUCACCAUUAUUAAAUAGAGAUAGUAAUUUACUUUUUAAAAAAACUAAAAAUUAUUAUGAAGCAAUUGAAAUUAAUUGGAUGAUUAAAAAUAAUCAUAAACAAUUAUUAAUUGAUAAAGUUGUAUGUAUUAUUAUAAACUUUUUUUUUGAUACUUUUUAA